GGAGAGUGCGGAACUGAAGGGAUACGGGUGGCGCCAUCUUGCGAGUUUGGAGCCAGAGUCGGCGCAGUACGGUCAGAGAGUGGAUCCACGCGAGUCCAGACAAAUGGUGAUGAGCCUGCGGGUGUCGGAGCUGCAGGUGCUGCUGGGCUACGCUGGACGCAACAAGCACGGACGCAAGCACGAGCUGCUGAGCAAGGCGCUGCAUCUGCUGAAGGCCGGCUGCAGCCCCGCCGUGCACAUGAAGAUCAAAGAGCUCUACCGACGACGCUUCCCGGCCAAGAUGGUGUCCCACUCAGAGCUGGCCAUGUCCGGGGCGCACCACCCCGCCUCAGCCGGAGUGGUCGGAGGAGGGGGCGCGGCUCUGCCCGCUGGAUUGACACAGCUGGCGUACGAGGGCCACGCCGGCCACGGCGGAGCCCCGUCGCCUGCUGCCUUACUGCCGCUCUCGCUGCUCGGCCCCGGGAAGCACGAGCUGACCGGGCUGACGCACCACCUGCCCUCCUCGGCCACGCUGCACCCGGUCCACCCAGACGUCAAGCUUCAGAGGCUGCCGUUUUACGACAUGCUGGACGAGCUCAUCAAGCCCACCAGUCUAGCAUCAGACAACAGCCAGCGGUUUCAGGAGACGUGUUUUGCUUUUGCAUUAACGCCACAACAAGUCCAGCAGAUCAGCAGCUCCAUGGACAUCUCGGGGACCAAAUGUGACUUCUCGGUUCAAGUUCAGCUGCGGUUUUGCCUGUCGGAGACGAGCUGUCCUCAGGAAGACCAUUUCCCUCCCAAUCUGUGUGUGAAAGUCAACGGGAAGCCAUGCAAUCUGCCGGGUUACCUUCCUCCAACCAAAAACGGCGUCGAGCCCAAGCGGCCCAGCCGGCCCAUCAACAUUACCUCACUGGUCAGAUUGUCCACCACAGUCCCCAAUACUAUCGUGGUGUCGUGGACCGCUGAGAUCGGAAGGAGUUACUCCAUGGCAGUGUACUUGGUGAAGCAGCAGUCGUCCACCGUGCUGUUACAGAGACUACGGGCAAAAGGCAUCAGGAACCCAGACCACUCCAGAGCACUCAUCAAAGAGAAGCUAACAGCAGACCCAGACAGCGAAAUCGCCACGACCAGCCUCCGAGUGUCGCUUCUCUGCCCGCUGGGGAAGAUGCGGCUGAUGAUCCCGUGCCGGGCGCUGACAUGCUCCCACCUGCAAUGCUUCGACGCCACACUCUACAUCCAGAUGAACGAGAAGAAGCCCACCUGGGUUUGUCCCGUCUGCGACAAGAAGGCUCCGUACGAGCACCUCAUCAUCGACGGGCUUUUCGUGGAGAUUUUGAACAGCUGCAUGGACUGUGAUGAGAUCCAGUUUUCGGAGGAUGGCAGCUGGGCCCCCAUGAGGUCUAAGAAGGAAGUGCAGGAGGUCUCCUCUGCUUCCUACAACAACGGGCUGGAUGGAUCCUGUCGGACGUCUGCAGGCUCAGACCAGCGGAGCUCCUCGUCGUCCAGCCACGGCGGCGGCGGCGGCGGCGGCGACGGCAAGAAAGUGGAAGUGAUCGACUUGACACUGGACAGCUCCUCCGACGACGAAGGACAGGAUUCUCCGCCACCUCCCCCGCUGCCUCCUCCAGUCAAACGGGCAUGUCCUUCCAUGUCCCCGACCUCACCACCCGUCAUCAACAAAGGGGUGCUGAACCUGCACCAUCAGGCCUCUCCUGUGAGCCGCACUCCGAGCAUGCCAGCGAUGGACACCAGCUACAUCCCUCCAGUACCACCACUCAUCCAAGACUACAGACCCUAUUACCACGCGCCCAACGACCUGUCAGAGUUGAACUUCUUCUCUUUCCUUCAAGGCGACAAUCAUCAGCAUUACAACAUGGUCAUGGCGGCAGCGGCGGCGGCCUCGGCCUCGGAAGACCACGAGCUGCUCCUCAACCGCUUCCUGCCCUACAGCGCCCCCUCCUCCGCCUCCCAGCUGUUUCUCGACCAGUCGGGGGCGUCCUCGGCCACCUCGCUGACCGCGCCGGCCAACGGGGCGAGCAACUCGGGCAGCAGCAGCAGCCUGGUGUCGUCCAGCAGCCUCCGCGACUCCCACUCCACGCACUCGUCCUCGCACUCGGCGCACGCGCACCCCGGGGUGGUGGCGAGCCGGAGCAGCGCGGAAGCGGCGGUGGCGGCGAUUUACGGCGGGAUACCCGACGUCAUAUCGUUGGACUGACCCAAGGGGAGACGGGACGACACUUUGGGCCCAACUACUAACCAGUAACGAACCCAAUCACAAACUGACUGCAGGGUAAGGUUCUGAUCCAGAAACCAGACUGGCCCCAAGUCACCAAAAUGUUUCUAGAGUCAGAAUAACGAGACUGCCUCAAGGAGAGCACUAAUGAUGCGAGCGGGCGACGGAUGCUGAGGGUUCCCUUCACCAGGCUGACCUCACCGAGCGCAGGGGGGGGGGCAGCUGUGGACUUUGCGUUGGUAAACUGACUUCAGAUCAGAAACCUGCCCGGCAUGUGAACCCACAUUACUGCUAUACUGGUACCGACCUGGCACAAAAAGGGCAGAGAUGCUACCUGAGCAAAGACACAAAGGAGGAACGUUUUUUUAUACAAAAAAAAAAACGAGGAGUGGCACCGUGUACAGAGAACAAAAUAUAUUUUCUUCUUUUACUUUUCUAUGUCAAACUGGGACAUUUUCAGUCUGGUGAUCUGCUUCAGUCGCUGUUUGUAAGUGAAGGACUGAGACUUUUGUUUAUUUUUAUUUUUUUUUUCCCUGUCACACAAGCUUAUACAUAUGCCUGUUGCCAUGUGGUUAUAUUUAUCUCUCCUGGUUAAGUGUUCCUUUUCCACAAAACUUCAGGUCUCCCUAACCCCCUUUUCUCCUUUUCUCUCGCUUUAUUUCUCAUUCCAGUGACGAGAAGUUUUCGAUUUACAGUUCAGUUUUAUUAUGCUUUUAAAUUAUAUAUAAUAUUUAAACAGUUUCCUUUGACCUCCUCUGUUUUUUUUUUUGUUUUCGCUCUCUGAUUUCAGGCUCCUCCGUGACUGUGCCGAUAUACAGCUUUUAGAAUGAGACUAUUUCUACCUGCCAAUUUUGAGCAGGAAGUUUAGCUUUUAUUUUAUUUCUUUUGUUUUCUUUUUCUUUGCACAAUGCCAAAAAAUAUCAUACGGUACCUAUGAAAAAUGAACACAACAGUCAGAGUUGCAUCUUUGGGCCACAGCGCGUGGUGGUUAUUCACUUAAACUCUGUCCCUUUGUGUUUUGUCUUCGCAGUCGACUGUUAAGAAGGAAUCACAGUGAAGGUCGAGCGGUUUUUGUAGCGGCGUCUCGGACCUUUUAAAAAGUCGCAGGCAUCCGUAACACGCGACCAAGUUCAAGCAACUAGUGCCUGUCGACGCGCGUGUGUUGGGAAACCUCGUAUUAAUGUCUUAAAUGGUCACCCCCCACCCUCUCUCUCUCUCUCUAAUAGCGUUCAGAAAAUUUGAGAAUUUGACCCGCGAUGGAUACGUUUCACCAUCUAGGGAGUUUUCUUUGGGAGACAGCGCUCGCUGUAAAGCAUAGGAUAGUGUAAGCAGGCGAUUUAGUGCCACGGUUAAAAAGGCCACCUCGGCGUGCCAGCUUAGACCGGGCACGGAGCCAGAUGAUUUAAAAAUACACGGCCUGUCUGGAACUAAAAAAAAAAAAAAAAAAAGAGAUAGUCUUUGUGACGUAGACGUGUCAAAGCCAUGUUUCAGGAUGAGGAGGAGGGGUUCGCCCAUGAAUGUAUUGUACAAUUUUUUAAGACUUGUGGUCUUUGCUUUUACUAACAGAUCCCUGUUGCGAUCUAGUCACAUUGCUGGUGAGACGCAGUCGACCUGGUCCCCCUUCCUGCCUGCUCAGUCAGCCCUCCUGCCCGACCCCCCCUCCCCCCACCCUGGCUCCACGUUUACGUCCUUGAAACUUUCCCAGCGUCCCCUGUUAUCAGUCUCUCUUCAGUGCACCACUUCCAGAUGUCAGGGACAGACAGCUCACUUCAGAGCUUAAUUAUCCCCACCAGGAUGAGAUAAUUACUUCUGACAGGAACCCCCGUCAUCUCGCAUCCCCUAUCCCGUUCCUCGACAACUAAGUGGGAGACGGUAGACGACCCUGAAUAACCCCACCCACCCCUCCUCCCAGCCCUCUCUACUCUCUCUCUACUCUCUCUAUGCUUUUCACAUUUUCAACUUUACUUCCCGUUCUUCUCCUGGGAACCAAGCCCGCCUCUCGAAACCGACUCGUGUUCAUUUGCUGAACAAGUCUCGUGUAUUUCCUGUGUUGUGCAGUAUUUUAUUUAUUUUGUAUUCUUAAUUCUAUAUAUAUUAUAUUUUUACAAAUUGUUUAGGUGUCCACGACUGCGAGUGUGAGUCACUCUCACUCGGGGAGCUGUUGGGAGUUGAUUUUAUUUAAUGUGCGUUUUUUUUUUUUUUUUUUUUUUGUUAUUCUUUUUGCAAGCAGCAGCGCGACCUCUCGGAGUUUGGCUAAUCGUCAUGGAAACCGUUGCAUUGAAAACCGGAGCGGACACUUUAUAAUAAGGGCACAAAAGCGCACGCUUGAGUAAAACGUGCAUGAGUCACAGUGGUUUACCCUGAAGGAUGAGUUCGGGAUGUUGUGAGUUCCUGUUGGUCACAUUGGAAGAUGAUCAAGUUACUUUAGAGUUUUUCAUAUUUUGAGUCGUAUUUUAAUUUGAAUGCCGCCUUAUUAACUGGGGGUAAAAUUACAUGGAAAAAGAGCAGCACUGAUUAUAAUAUCAGGUUGUUUUUUUUUAUCAAGACCAGCUUUCAAUACUACAAAUUGGUUACUCUGAAAAUUAACGCGGACACUCGAACCUCCCCAAGGACACACGCACAUGUGCAUAAAACCACAAUGAAGAGGAGACCUGUGAGAAAACAAGAAAGGCGACACUGUGACUCAGUUCACGAAAAAUGACACUUUCAUCUGCCCCUCUUGUCUUUAAAGCCUUAACGAUUUCUGUCGUUAAUUAUUUAUUCAGUAUUUUAUGUAAAAAAAUAUUACACAUAAAGCCACUGUGGCACUGCUUCCCAAAUACCCAGCAUAUAAGUGAAUUAUUUCUAUUCAACAUACGCGCAUAAUUGACAGUACACUUUAAUAAUUACCUGCUGUCAGAUACACGACCCUGCUUUCUAAUCUUUAAAUUGAAAUUUAUUGCACACGGUGGACGUGGUUCCCUGAGGGUGAAUCAUAGCCACGUCGUCCAAAUGUGACUGAAACUUUCUGUCCAGAUAUUUGCAGAACUAAUCAGGUGUAAAUAUUUGCAUGCUUCAUUGCUAAACUAGACCUGCUGAACACCAGCGUGUUAGCAUCCCGGUGUUUUUCCCCAGCACAGACUCACAGAUCUGCUCACAGGCCUGCAAAGAUUCUUAAAGGCUCCAAUUAUGUGUGAACCACAUACGAUCACAUAAUCUUUUAAUUUAUCCCAUCAGUGGGAAACUUUGCCAUGUCAUAAAACUUUAAAUAAAAACAUUAAUAGCUAUUUAAAUAGACGACCAGACAGCACAGUAGCCAAAGCACGCACAGGGAAAAGGAAGGCAAAAAAUUAAAAGUAGCCUACUGAAUUCAAAUAUUCUGUUACUUGUUAAUUAAGAAAAAAAAAACAGAAAGUAAACACCAAAGAAGAAAAAAAUACCUAAUACAUAAGAAUGUAUAUAAAAUCACAUUAAUACAAGGGAUUUACAUGCUAACUUGUAAAAACAAACCUAGAAAUGCGCAAAAUCUUAAUAUCGCAAUAAAAAUGUGGUAAUGGAAACAUUUCAAAAAACCUCUCAAAUAUCACUAAAAUAUUUUUACGCUGUCAUGUGGUGGUUUUUGUUUUUUCAGACUUAUCGAUAUAAAACUUUAUCGCAAAAGUGCAUCGGAAACACCUUUUUCUACAGUUCCCCGUCACUGACAUCACUGGAGGUGACACAUGGGGUCAUGUGACCAGUUCGUUUUGAAGUCCAUCUUCCUCACAGUGAAGUCUCGCAUGACGAGAAUUUUAGAGAAUUAUGGGAUAUGUCAAGACGAGACUUUAGGAGAGAUCAUUCAAAAUGCACGUACAAAGCGUACUUAAUCGAAAUGUCAGAAAUAUCACUUUUAUUUUGCAGAACAGUUUUGUAUGUCUGUCUAGAAAAGUUCUGCUAUCCAAGAGUCUCAUCAAAUCAAAUGAAGAGUUGUAGGCUGAAGGCUGCUCUUUUAGUUCUGUCCAAAGGAAGAAAAAAAAAUCUAUUACUCUUUUCCAGUCGAGCGAAUCAUCCUUCAUCUUAAACCAAAUCAAAUAACCCAUUGGAUUAUUUACAAACUCGUGACCACAGAGUCUGCUUUUCUCAGGCUCAAUUUCAAUAUUUUGCAGACACAUGAUUCUUUAACAGCGUUAACCUCAUCACACAAACUCAGAGUUGAUCAUUUGUUAACGCUGAGCAACAGGAAUGUGUUUGUACCUCUUUUUUACGAAGUGUCUGCCGUCUUGCUGUGCAGGGGAAGAUGUUGAUCCUUUACUCUCUGUUAUGUUGGUUUGAAUAUUAAUCACCAGUAUUUGGAUACUUGAUAGAGACGGUCACAGUAACUGAAUGAAUCUGAUCACAAUUUAAUUUAUUUGAAACUUUUGUCCUCACGCUUGUCACGCAGAAGACUACGAUGAAGUGAGUAAGCAGACCAUGUUGAAUGUGUUUCUGUUGAAGUGCUCUAAUAUACAGGGGUCUACGUGGGAUUACCAAAAAAAACAACAACAACAACAAAAACAAACAAAAAAAAAAACAAGCCACAUCCUCCUAACCUCGGUCAAACGUCCACUGCUCCCUCCUGUGGUUUGAUUGGGGGCAAAUGUUGUUCUCGAGUUGAGUUUUUCUUUGUUUUAAUCCAGCAAAUGGUUUAUUUGAUAGAAAAUGUCAUGUUGCAUGCAGGGAAGAAUAAGCACAGGGCUGCAGUCACUUCGGUCCUUCUGCGUUUUUUUUACAAAGGUGUAAACACUGCAAACAACUACAGUGAAUGGAUUAAGGCCACUCUUAACAAUGGGCAACCUUCAACAAGCAGCUCAACUCUUUGGUUGCCAUAAUCCUAUAUAAAAGGGAAAGAAAAUCAACAAUAUGUAUAUUACGUCUUUUGUGGAACCCUGAAAACUGAAAGUUCAGCUCCAAACGUGGGUGUUUCAUGUCUGUUUGUAUGCUUUUUGUGUGUCAGUUCAGAGCGAGAGAAUAAAAUAAUUUAUAUAUUUUCUAGAAAAUGAAAGCUGUACUAUUAUUAAAAAAAAGAAACAAACAAAAAAAAAACAAAGACUGUGGCCAAUAAGGAGUCUCACACAACUGAAACAAAUCUCAAAGUCAGACUCGAGUCGACAUCUGCACUCACUGCCUUAAAAACAUUCACAGGUUCUGUUCCACGGCUCCAAUCUGAGAAAAAAAUAAUAAUUUUUAAUAAUAAAAAAACAAAAAGGCUUUUGGAGGAGGGGAAGGAGAAGACAGUGUACAGUAGACCCAUGUCAGUUUGUACAAAUAUACCAAGUGAGAAAAUAUUUAUUACCUGCAUUGGAAGAAAUUGUUUACUGAUUGAAUGUUACCUGUUUAUGUAGAAAAGUUUAGAUGUAAUAAAAUGCAUUCUGCUA